ACCAAAUUUUGGGCAGAAAAUUAAAGCAACUUAACUAGAAUUUGUUAAAAGUUCCCGGCAAAGUGAUAAGCUCUCUCUUCUUUUUCCUCUGCAUAACUUACACUUCCAUGAGUAAGUUAAAACUCUGAAAGGCCCCUCGGAUUCAUCCUCGUCAUCCUCCUCCUCGGACUCUCCCAGUUCGUAAAGCUACCCGGGUCUAGCGACGGAGAGCUUUCUUUUUAAGUGCGCAGAUUCAUCUCCCAUCUUCUGCUAUUGUUUUAUGCAUGAUGGGAUGAGAUUUUAAGUACUCCACAGUUCUUUAUAUUCAUGAAAUUUGCUCUGACUGCUUGCUUGAUAAUGGCGAUUACAUUCUUCGCGCAAGAAGCAGGGGCUUCCUACGUUCUCUAGGUAAGAAGGAGUGGUGCAAUCAAGAAAUCCUCCGAAAGACCUCUGCGUUUGGCUUCUUCAAUCAUGGCAAAAGCUGCGAAGCGAGAGUCGAGAAAUCCUACCUUUUUUCGAUGGAUGUGUGGACCGAGACUCUUCUCAGAAUCCCCACCGAGUAUCUCAUUAAACUCAAAGUGCAGAUGCUGGAAUGCGCUGAUCAAAAGUCAAUCUUUUGUCGAGUCCCAUCUCCACCAUUGGACAUCCCGGCCCAUCUCUGGGUUACUCGCUGCCACGGAAUAUUGGUAUGAUUUCUUUAAGAAUGAGAUCUUCUACUUUUCCUUCGAUCUCAACCGUGAGGGAGGGAUGGCCAAGGGCCUAAAUCUUAAAAUACAAGACUUCGCUAGUCUCCAAGGGUGUGUGCAGCCAAAGGAAGUGCAGCUUCUCGCCUCUGGCGAUGGGUUCGUGGUCCUUCGGUUGGACAGUACGAGGUUUUUGGGAUUGAAAAGUUUGCUACUACUUUGCAUCGGAGUUGCUACAUCUUCGAUCUGCGCAGAGGCAGUGAAGGGCAGUCGCUGGGGCAUAGCUGGAUGCGCCUGUGUCUCUGACGUGGUGGAUCGAUGGGAGCCCCAAUACCAAAGAGGAAGUGUACUGGCUUGCAGUCUCUCAUAACCUGGGCCUUAAUCAUCACAAACAAAAUGUAUUGUCGACAGAUAUAUCGGAGGAGGGAUUUCGUACUUCGGCUUCUUUCAAGAUGCAUAGUUGGGCCCAGGGACAUUACUUUGCAUCGGAAGGUAGAUUCGACUACAUCCACUAGCAGUUUGCGCCGCUGGAAUUUGAACUCGUUGCGAUAGGGAGUGCUAAGAUGACUCUGAGUUCCUGCAGUGUCAUAUACGUUUUCGAUAGGAUGUCCAAUAAGCGGGUGAGAAUUGAGUUUGAUCUCAAGGACUCACUCCGUUUGGUUUCGCAAUCGGAUUUUAAGAUUUUAACUCUAACUUUAACUUUACUCACUAUACAAUAAAAAUUAACUUUUCAAAAUAAAAAAUGUGGAUACCAUACAUAAAUCCACACAUAACUCCAUUAUACUCAAUUCAAUUUUUAAUACUAAAUUCUUUCAAUUAUUUAUUACUUUUUCACAUUUUUUCUCAUAAUUCAACAAAACAAUCAUUACAACCCAAUUAAAAUCAAAGUCCAACUCUAAAACCAAACACAGUGUGUUGUGUGUUUGGUUUUAAAGUUGAGUAAAGUUGAGUUUUGAUUGCUUUGUCCUUACCGAGUUAAAACGUAAACUUCGAUUCGCCUUAUCUUGCUUUCUUCUUAAUUUACGUUUCUGAUGAUAUAUAUAUGAUUUAGUCAGAAAGAUUUUGCAGCACACGAUCAUACUUUGAGAAUCUUAUAUUAUCAUGUACAUGCCUGGUCGAGAGUCGGCUUCCAGAUUGUAAGUUGCUCUGCUAUUUCCAGAAUACUCUCCGAUUCCCUGUACGACUAAUCCCACACUUUGAUAAUUCGACUAAGUGUGACUCUCGAAGUUUCCUUUAUAAACUUGCAGAUAAACUCCGAGAUUCGGUCCUGUUUCACAAGUGUCUUUGAUUAAUUCAUCAUCGAUUCAAUCCUCACAUCAAUCGCUCAGUAAUUUCCUUCUAACCUACAGGAGUUCUGUAGUCGAUGUGGAUCCGCUGUAUUUGU